UGGAGGUGAGUGCCUAAAAUAAUUAAGCAUCCACGACUAUCUUCAUAUAUACGCAUCAACAUUCGUAUCCUGAUUCAGUGAUAAUUAUCCUACCACAGUUUAAUAUUUAUUUGACAGGUUUCUUGGGGGUAUUAAGUAAGUAUGAAGUACUUAAUUUUGGCUGUGGCUCUAAUGUUGGUGAAAGGCGUGACUUCUCGCUCCGCACAAAGUGAGGAAAUCGUUUCUCAAACUCGGAAUGGAAUAAACUUUGCGCUAACUUAUAUUGGAACCUUUAAUCAAAAAUUGUACUACCAUGAUAAAGUCGGGGCUAACAACGACGAUGCUCGAUCCAACUGCAAAAGUAUGGGGAUGCGAUUGUUGAAGUUUGAAGCGAUAGAGGAAGUUGGGUGGAUUGCUAAUGCAACCGCAAAUUCAGGCACUGAGAUUUGGACGGACGGGAUGACUCACAUUGUUCCCGCGUCAUUCGAAUGGAAAACAACUGGGGCUAGAGUUUCGGACUCUUUGAGUCUGGUAAAGGGUCAUUAUUACGGGCGGAUCAUUUCUGUGACCAGUGCAACCGAUCGCCCAGCAUGGACUGACGGCGUAAUUAAAGCUGAUCCAGGUUCAUACCGCUGGUUUUCUGAUGAUUCGCCUCUAAUAAGUCAAUUAAAAAUUGGGUACGUCGCCCUUGGCUUGGAAAUUCGAGACGGGACCGGCUUGUACACUUGGAAUAAUGAAGUAAACGCCCUCCGGAGUUAUUUGUGCUAUGCCGAAACUUCAUAAAAUUAUUAAAGUGGAACAAAUUAUUUCAAGAGAAAUUCUUUAAUUAAAAUUGUAUUGUAUUGUAUUUUAAACCUUUAUUCAACUGUCAACAAAUAUCAGCUAAUAUAAGCUGGUUUCCAAUCCAUGGCAGAGUUGCUAUAAUAUAAAAGCCACUAACUAUGUCUACUAUAAUAAAUUUAAUAAUAU